AUGAGUAACGAAUGCGUUGAGGCUGCGGAGUUUGCAGCAUAUAUUCCGCAACAGAUCGUUAUGAUCGCUCAACUUUUAAUCUGCAUAUAUGCCAUCGUGAUAAAUGUACAAUUUAUCGUACGCUGGAGAAACAAUUUGCUUUUCCACGUCAAUUUUCAGAUACUAUUGUGGACGCUUAUUUUGCUCAAUAUCACCCAUGCGGUCUUCGUAGCGCUCUCACAGGGAGUACAUCUAUAUAAAAUCUACAUGACGCAAGAUGUUUGUGAUGUGCCUGUUCCCGCUACUUUCUGUUAUUCCGUACGAAUGCCGGCAACCUCCUGUUUUUUCACACAGACACUCGUCCACAUUUCUAUAGUAAUUGAAAGAGCAAUGGCCUUGAAAAAUCUGAGCAAUUAUGAGUCUCGUAGUUCAGCAGCUGGAAAAUUGAUGGCUGUUCUAUCGAUUGUCAUUGGAUUCGCUGUAAUAAUUGUUAUUAUGAACCAAUACGACUUCACUAGAAACGAACUAUACUGUUCACCAGUAACUAAGGAAACACGAGUGAAUUUUUCUAUAGCAAGCUACUCCUUUAUACCUGUGGAAGCGCUGAUUGUUGCAUGCUUCUACAGUGUUUACCGCGCGAAUAAGAAACAAGUGUAUGUUUCGGAAAUUAUCAUCAUGCUCCGUUGA